GAUGAGUGCUGCGAUAUCCAUAUUCAUUACUAUUAUUGUAAACCUGACAUUGACACCAUCUAUCCUCUCAAUCUUCCCCAAUGUCGUGUGUGGGUUGAAAACAAGGAAUGCUCAUACGACAGCAAGAAAUCCCUUUGGCACAAAUUUGCAGUGUUUAUUUCAAAUAAGUGGUAUUCACUGAUUGUCAUCGUUGUUGUCAUUUGCAUGAUAAUUCCAUUUUGUGUGUUUAUCAAAGACUUUUCGUGGAACGAAAAUGACAACGAGCUGAUUCCACCAUCAAGUGAUUCAAUGGUAACGCGCUCUUAUAUAUUAAACGAGUAUCCGGAAGGUGUUAUAUAUCCAUACGAACUUGUCAUAACAACAAAAAGUGAUAUUGAUGUAUUCAGUACACAAUAUGAAAAGUUGACAACUAACUUAAUGGACUCCUUUACUCAAUAUCCAGAUUACUUUUCAAACACAUCGUACACCUGUAUCAAUUAUUUUAAUGGUCAUUCCAUAUCCGGACGAGCGAUGAAGUGGUUAUACAACGACGAUUUGUACAAGUGGUUUUUUGACAAGAGUGUUUCUCCAGAUAAGACGACGACCAGAUGCACUUUUAUUCCUUUGUUUAAUCCUAUAGAACAAUCCAGUGAACGUUUAGACUUUGUGAGAGGUAUAAUUAACAAUGUGACACAAUACAACACGGAUUAUAAUGUGUAUGUGAGAGGUUUUGAAGUGGAUAUAUCAGAUUCAAUGGUUGUAUGUUUCAAAUAUUUCCCAAUUAUCGUAAUUGUGUUAUUUGGCAUUGUUUUGAUAAUAACUGGAAUUAGUUUUCAGUCACUUAUUGUUCCUUUGCGCGUUGUGUUUUCUACUGUGACAACCGUGUUGUGGACAUACGGGUUUGCUUCUUUUGUGUUUUGUAAUGAUUACUUUGACUGGACGGCAGAUAUCAUGGCGGAGUCUAGUGGACUUUUUUGGGUUGUUCCUGUCAUCACAUUCCCCAUUAUCAUUGGACUCUCUUCUGACUAUGAUGUUUUCUUGUUUUCACGUAUAAUGGAAUUUCGGAGAAAGGGUUUAUCGACCAAAUUGAGUGUCAUUGUUGGUGUUGAGAAAGCUGGGUACUUAAUCUCUUACGCUGGCAUUAUUAUGGCUGUUGCAUUCUCUGGACUCUUCUUAAGUAAUGUUUUGAUGUUGAACCAAUUUGCGUUCAUUUUGACGUUCAGUGUGUUAUUGGAUACAUUUGUAGUGAGAUCGUUAUUACUUCCAGCCAUUGUAAAUAUCCUUGGAGAACUUAAUUGGUUUCCGCGGAAGUACAAAAUUGUCACCAGUGAUUACGAAGAUUAUUACCGCAAUGAACAAAUUGAAGAAGAUAAGAAGAAAGAGAGAAACGAAAUGCUGUAUUAUGCUUCUCUCCCUUCAAAUGGACUUAAUACAGACGAAGAAAACAACAAUGGUAUUCCACCAUCUCUUACAAACACAACUGAAGUGCCCGAGCCAGACACCCAAGUUGGACAAGGCGAUUAUGUGAAAAUAGAAGACACCAUUGAACCUGUUGAAGAUCCUGCUCAUAACUGA